UGUGUUUGGAAGAUUGUCCGGAUAACAAUCGGAAGAUCAGGAGUAAAUAGCAGCACGCCUAACUGACAGUCGGAAGGUACUGCGUUCGAAUCCCGGUGGCAGCACUGAACAUUUUUUCAUGUUUCCUGCUUCUGCAAAUGUAAUGACUCUACAAGCCUACCAUCUUUAUUACUUGUAUUGUAUAAUAUACCUAGGAAGUUACCAGUACAAUUGAUACUGAAGUAGAUCAUAUAAGUUGAGAAGAAAUGGCUACUCAAACAGACUUACAGCUAAACUUACAUCAAAGAUUACUUAGAUAUUCUAUUUUUGUUCAGCUCUUUUCUUCAAGUAGCAAUGGGUCAUGAUCACAGCGGUGGGUGUCGUUUCCCUAUCGAAAUCCUUAAGUUCUAAGGUGUUACUGCUUAUGCUCAUAACGUCAACUUAAAAUCUGAUGCGUCCAAUUAUCCUGUUGGACAAAAUGUAUCAAAAGAUGACCAAAUGCAGUAACACUAGAACCUUGAAAGGAUCCCAUAACCUCCCUCACCAUCGCCAUCGAAUUCCCAUUCCGUUAGAACCCUUGAAAGACGGCCCAUCAAUGGAUCCGAAGGAAAGAAUUUUCUUAGAAGCCGCUGAACGAGGUGACAAAGCUACCAUGAUCCGUUGUCUGCAACCACCUAAUCCAGUCAAUGUAAACUGCACGAAUAUAUUGGGUCGGAGCGCUAUUCAAAUUGCAGCGGACAAUGAGAAUGUGGAGAUAGUUGAACUUUUGUUACAACAAGAAAAUGUAAAAAUCGGAGAUGCUCUUCUUUAUGCUAUAAGCGAAGGUGUGUAUAAGAUAGUUGAAAUGCUUAUUAACCAUCCAAGUAUUACAAGUGAGAUGCUAGCUAAUGGUUGGGCCAAAUCUCGCCUUCCUGGAGAGGAAAGUUCGGAUUAUUCUCCAGAUAUAUCACCGGUGAUACUUGCAGCCCACUGCAAUCAGUUUGAGAUACUCCAGUUAUUGCUGACUCAUGGAGCUAUCAUAGACAAACCUCAUCCAUUAUCCUGCACAUGUCCACGAUGUCGUGAAGGAAUACACACAGAUAGUUUAAGAUAUUCAUUACGCAGAAUUCAUACUUACAGGGCCCUGGCCAGUCCAGCUUGGAUAUCAUUGACAAGCGAGGAUCCUAUUCUCACCGCAUUCCAGCUAUCGUGGGAACUCGAGCACCUCGCUCACAGGGAAAAUGAGUUUAAGGAAAUCUACUUGGUGCUGAGCAAUCAGUGUAAGAAAUAUUCAUGUGAUCUCCUGGAUCUAUGCCGUAGCACAGAAGAAGUAAUUGCAGUUCUGAACCGGAAAUCAGAAUCAGAAUAUGAUGAGGAAGAGCACAAUUUAGAAGACGACAAACUUACGUUAUCCAGGUUGAAAAUGGCUCUAAAAUACGAGCAAAAACAGUUUGUAGCACAUCCUAAUUGCCAACAGUUAUUAACCUCCAUCUGGUACGAAGGCUUUCCGGUGUGGAGAAGACGCAAUGGUUUUAUGAAGAUUCUUCUUUGCUGCGGCCUGAUUGCUUGCAUACCUGCUAUUUCUCUAUACUAUCUUUUUUGCCCCAGGUCGAAGAUGGGAAAACUCGUCCGUUCACCUUUCAUGAAAUUUAUAUAUCACAGUGCGUCUUUCGGGUGUUUUCUUCUUCUUCUGGUGCUGGCUUCUACAAGAACGGAAGGCAGUGAAAGAUCGAGGCAGAACAUUCGAGGACCACCUCCAUCAUUAGUGGAAUGGCUCAUUUUUUUCUGGGUCACAGGAAUGGUGUGGGCUGAAUGCAAGCAGCUGUGGGAAGAAGGCCUCAAAGCUUAUGUCCGACAGUGGUGGAAUUGGCUAGAUUUUAUCAUGCUCUCGUUUUAUUUGGCGACGUUCUCUUUAAAAGCUGUAGCCUUCUUCCAGAUUCACAGCAAUUUGUACGGAAGCAGAGUAAUGGAAAGACACCGUUGGCCUGACAACGAUCCAACGCUUAUAGCUGAAGGAGUAUUUGCAGUUGCAAAUGUAUUCAGUUUUGCCAGAAUUAUUUACUUGUUCCAAACCAACCCUCACCUGGGACCUCUACAGAUCUCACUUGGGUGUAUGAUUAUCGAUAUCGCGAAAUUCCUCUUCAUCUUCUUUCUAAUCCUAACAUCGUUUGCUUGUGGCUUGAACCAACUCUACUGGUAUUCGGAUUAUGUUGAAGAAAGCUGUCAAAUUAAAGGCGAUAAUGGUACUUCUGUAUCAGGGAACUGCUACCAAAACAGCGAGCCAUUCAUGACCCCCAUGUUAGGAUUGCAAGGAAGCAUAAUUGAUUCGAGCUACACAUCGUUAUUGUGGUCACUGUUCGGAGUUAUACCUAUCAAAGAAAUUAGCAGCCGAAGAGAUCAAGCCUUUACGAAAUGGGUAGGCCAUGCCUUGCUUGGAGCUUACAUGAUAAUGGCCAUGACAGUCAUGAUCAACAUGCUCAUCGCUAUGAUGUCACGGUCAUUUCAAGACAUAGAGGACCAUGCUGAUAGAGAAUGGAAAUUCGCUCGAUCGAAGCUGUGGAUGAGUUAUUUUGAUGAAGGCUCUACUCUUCCACCUCCUUUCAAUCUCAUCAUCUCCCCCAAAUCAAUCUAUUAUUUUUGUAGAGGAGCUAAAACGAUGCUGUGCAAACUUAUCCGUCACAGUACGAGGAUGUGUGGGUUCAAGUCUUUCGACGGAGCAGUUAUAAAGCCGGAAGAUAAAUCUGUAAGCUACAUUGGUGAUAUUGGCCAAGAAAAAAAUGAACCAAACAACACGUGUUUAAGCCCUCCAGUUGAAAUUAAUAAACUGAAAAACAAAGUAAAUUACCAGGAAGUUAUGAAAAGAUUAGUAAGCAGAUACAUUCACCAGGCCAAGAAACAGCUACGUCAAGAUGGCGUAAAUGAAGAUGACUUGUUAGAAAUCAAGCAAGACAUAUCUAGCCUUAGGUACGAGCUGCGAGAAGAUCGCAAACGAGAGACUGCUCGAAAUACUGGUCAGAUUGAUAGUAUCAAAAGAGAUAUUAUCCGAUCUUUAAGUGGCAGUCAGAUGUUGGGGCCGAUUACACCCUCUUCGACAUCUCCACCACCUAUUGAUCCUCGCAUGACCGUUCGAAGUGUGGAUGACGUAACGGCAGAUCACGAUUCGAGAGAUAGGAUAGUUGUGCCAUCUUUGACGCUAUCUAACCAUGAUAUAAAUCUCAUCAGGAAAGAGGUAGUAAUAGGAGUACAAAACGAACUUAAGGCACUUUUGAAAGAACUGCAGUCGCAAAAUGCAGUCGCAAAUCAAGUAGUUCAUCCUCCACCUCAUGUUGUACCACCCCAUCCUCAACCUGGCGUUAGAUUGCACUCUAACCUCCCACCAGCUGUUCCAAAUCUGACGUCCGAUUUGUAUCAAACUCAUCUUUUCACACAACUUUAAAAGAAAAAAGAAGAAGGCUUCCUUCUUACACUGAUAUGCUUGUCUUAACAGAUACUGGACGUGGCAUUCUUAAAAGCUUUUAUUUUCGUUACCUGUAGGAAGCUUUCACUUCUCUCUUAAACAUGAUCAGCUGUUAACUAAUUUUAAACCCUUUUUCCACAAUAUCUUUCGCUGAUAAAACAAAAUAAGAAAAAUUGAAAAAUAUACUGCAUUAGGAAUGAAAUGUGAGUCGAAUUUUUAUCUUAAUGCUAUUAUUUAUGAAAACUUUUCUCGUUAAAGUAGAUUUAAUGAAUAUACAGUUAGAAAACUUCAGCCUAUAAAACUGUUUUUUGAUUAUUUAAUUAACAAAAA